AUGGUGAUUGUGUGGAUUCUAAAUAGCCUAGAAGCUGAGAUUAAAGAAAGCAUUAUGUACAUUGAAUCGGCUGCUAAGUUGUGGAACGACAUAGAGAAGUGUUAUGGUCAACCCAAUGGAUCCAAGGUUUAUCAGAUUUGUACGACUUUGUCUUCCAUUUCUCAAGGAAAUUCAUAUGUUGUUUCUUACUUCUCUAGGAUAAAGAAACCGUUGGAUGAAUUAGCUUACUUGAUUACAUAUCCUGAUUGCGUGUGUGGUUGCAAAGAAGCUUUUCAAAAUUUGGAGGAGGAUCAGAAACUUCAUCGGUUUUUUGAUAGGCCUUAA